ACCGUGUGAACGCUCCGCUCCGGUUCGUCUGAGAAAAAUCUCGCAAAUUUAAACAUUUAGCGGGUUUCUGUGAAAACCGGGAACGCGCAUGCGCAGUGUUGGCGGCAGGCCUAUGCGGAUAUAAGGAUUGGCGCCGGCGCCACAGCUGAUGAUCAUUCAUUCAUUCUUCACUGAGGAGCAGAAGAAUAAACUCAGUCGACAUCAUGUCCAGACGCAGUGGUCGCAUCACGCUUCAAACCAGAGACUCAAACACACCUGAGCCGCUCGUCAGAGUCCCAGUGAAGAAGAGGAAGUCAGAGCCAUCGAAGAAGAAACUACAGCCUGCAGCCAAGAAACACAGCUAUGAAAUACAGUGUUGGUCAGAGGACGGAGCGAGUCCAUGUGUCCUCAUCGAGACUCCACACAAAGAGCUGCAGCCCACAGACUCGUCCAGCUUCAAACAGUACACCUUCAAAAACCUCUUCAUCAAGGCCUCGCCCAUCCCCCGCCUCAGCUGGGCCAGUUCAGACGACGUCUGGAUCAAAAUGCUCAACAAGGAGCUGAAGUACGUCCAUGAUAAGAGUUACCUUCAGCAGCACCCCAGACUGCAGCCCAAGAUGAGAGCCAUCCUGCUGGACUGGCUGCUCGAGGUCAGUGAGGUGUACAGUCUGCACCGGCAGACAGCUUACCUCGCUCAGGACUACUUCGACCGCUUCAUGCUGACUCAGCAGAACGUCAACAAAGACUACCUUCAGCUCAUCGGCAUCACGGCGCUCUUCGUCGCCUCUAAGAUUGAGGAAAUUUAUCCUCCCAAAAUCUACGAGUUUGCGUAUGUGACGGACGGAGCCUGUGACGCGUGGGACAUCCAGCGCACGGAGCUUCACCUGCUGAAGGCGUUGGACUGGAACCUCUGUCCUGAGACCUCCAUCUCCUGGCUGAAGCUCUACGCUCAGGUGGAAGCCCAGAAAGACGACGAGAACUUUCUGGUGCCUCAGUUUUCCCAAGAGACGUACAUCCAGAUCACACAGCUGUUGGACUUGUGUAUGAUGGACAUAAACUGGUUGGACUUCAGCUACAGCGUCCUCGCCGCCGCCGCCUUCUGCCACUUCUUCAGCUUUGACGUCGUCCACAAAGUCUCAGGUCUGACGUGGGAGAGCGUUGCGCCGUGCGUUCGCUGGAUGAGCCCCUUCGUGGACGUGCUGCGCGCUGAGGCCACGCCCCUUCUCAAGAACUUCCCUAAAGUGAAAGGAGACGACCGACACAACAUCCAGACACACGUGUCCUACCUGGACCUGCUGAGAAAAGCUCACGAGUGUCAGGUCGACGCCCCCGACUGUCAGAUGUCGCCUGUCGCCAUCGCACCUCUCCUGACUCCGCCCAGCAGCACAGAGAAACCAGCCAAUCCCUGAGCAGGACACGAACACCUGAGCAAUGCUACAUGCUAAAUGCUACCUCUGCACAGCUAACAAACAACAACGUUCACGUUUUUAUUUUUUUAAAAGAUGAACUUUUUAUGUGAGUUUUAGACACUAAGUUCAGACGUUCACUUCCUGUCGUCGUCGACGCGUCCGUUUUAAUGAAACUGAAUCUGGAUUAUUCAGGAGUUAAAACGUCCCUCAAAUCAAAGUGUUUUUAGUUUUUAUUCCGGGAGAUUCAACUGGUGCUAAUCUGAAGAAUUUAGUCGGAUUCUCAGGAAGUCGCGGUCUUCUUUCUACUCUCAACUGAACAUCUUGACGUGAAAAGAUCGGAUACAAAGAGUUUUUGUAGCUGCAAAAAAGAAAUGUGUGAAACGUGGUGAAUGCGUUGAACUGUGUUGUGUGUGUGUGUGUGUCGUUACAUUCCUGUGAAACUUGACAAAUGUAAAGUGUUUUUAUUUAAAGUUUGUUCAUAUGUAAAAAGAAUGAAAUGAACAAAUCAUUAUUUAUGAUUCAGAUUUAAAAUUAACGGCUGUUGCUUCGUUAGUGCCUUAAUUAAAGAGGGAAUGACGGCUUUACAAAAUAAAAGCUGAAAUCGUGUGUGAGAUACAGACCACAGUGUACGACUGUAAACUCUAUUUUUGUAAAUAGAAAAAUUCAAAUGUGUCUUUGUUUCCUACAAUGUGUGUCAAUAAAAGUCAAAAUAA